AUGUUUUGGACCAAGUACUUGUUUGUGGCUGGACCUCAUCGCAGAUCCACGGUGAUCUGGAUUAUAAAAAGAAAAUAUGGUUUUCUUUCUGAUGAUGUCAAAUCUGUGCGGACUGUUGUCACCCCAGACAUAUCCAAGAUCCGAAAUAUUGGGAUUAUGGCUCACAUUGAUGCCGGCAAGACUACCACAACAGAAAGAAUGCUGUUUUACUCUGGUUAUAUAAGGGCGUUAGGAGAUGUAGAUGAUGGGGAUACAGUUACAGACUUCAUGGCCCAGGAACGAGAGCGAGGUAUAACUAUACAGUCGGCAGCCGUCACAUUUGACUGGAAAAACCAUAGAAUUAAUCUGAUCGAUACACCAGGACACGUCGACUUCACUCUGGAGGUAGAACGCUCUCUUCGUGUUUUAGACGGUGCAGUCGCUGUGUUUGACGCUUCUGCUGGUGUCGAGGCCCAAACACUCACUGUGUGGAGACAAGCUCAGAAGCAUCAUGUUCCCUGCAUCGGCUUUCUCAAUAAGAUGGAUAAACCUAUGGCAAACCUAAAUCUUUGUAUUGAAAGCAUCAAAGAAAAGAUGCACACAACACCAAUCCUUCUACAGAUUCCAGUUGGAUGUGGGAAGAGCUUUUCUGGUCUUGUAGAUGUAUUAACGAAGGAACAGCUCACAUGGAAAACACAAUCAAAAAACGACGAUGGGCGGAGUUUCAAUGUUCAGCCUUUAGAGCAGUCUGAACCUGCGCUGGUGGAGGCCGUGAAAGAGGCCAGGGCGUUUCUGAUCGAGCAGGUUGCUGACUUGGAUGAUGAAUUUGCAGAGCUGUUGCUAACUGACUUCAGUGAUAAUUUUGAUGCAGUUCCUUCCAUUAAAAUUAAAGAAGCUUUGAGGAGAGUGACACUGGCUCGUAAGGCUAUUCCCAUUCUCUGCGGAAGCUCUUUGAAAAACAAAGGUGUCCAGCCUCUACUCGACGCCAUAAUCGCGUAUCUCCCCGACCCCAGUCAGCGCCACCACGACGUCAUACAAUGGUACAAAGAGGACUUAUGUGCGUUGGCUUUCAAAGUAAUCCACGACAAGCAGCGAGGGCCUCUGGUGUUUGUCAGAAUAUACUCCGGGACUCUGAAAGCACAGACAGCGGUUCAAAACAUCAACCGGGACUGCACUGAGAGGGUGAGCCGUCUGGUUGUGCCGUUUGCCAAUCAAUAUGUAGAAAUUCCCUCAAUAACGGCCGGAAACAUUGCUUUGACUGUUGGACUUAAACAGACCGUCACUGGAGACACUAUCGUCGCAUCCAAAGCCUCGGCAGCUGCUGCACUUCGCCGAGCUCAGGAUAAAAAAGGGGAAAAGGACAGUGUAAAAGUCAUUCUGACCGGAAUAGAAGUGCCUGACCCGGUGUUUUUCUGCACCAUAGAGCCGCCUUCCAUGGCCAAACAGACUGAUUUGGAGAAUGCCCUAAGUUGCCUCCAGAGAGAAGACCCUAGCCUCAAAGUCCGGGUUGACCCUGACUCUGGGCAGACCAUUCUAUGUGGGAUGGGAGAGCUGCACAUUGAUAUAAUCCACGACAGAAUAAGACGAGAGCAUGGGAUAGAAACUCACCUGGGUCCUUUACAAGUGGCCUACAGGGAGACAGUCACCCAAAAGGCCAAAUCCACCGAUACUCUGGACAGAACCAUAGGAGAGCGACGACAUGUGGUGACGGUGGAGGUCUCGGUAGAACCAUCGGACGACACGGGCAGCUCCAGUAAAUUCACGUUUCAAACAGAUUCACCCAAUCAACUUUCUGCUGACCUAAAACAGGCAAUUGAAAAUGGCGUCCACAGUUCAUUUCUUCAAGGCCCCCUGCUGGGUUAUCCAGUGCAAGGCGUUUCCACUGAAAUUCAAAGUGUGAGUUUAGAGCCGGGAACCUCUCCAGCCAUGGUGUCUGCAUGCGUGUCCCGCUGCGUCCAGAAGGCCAUGAGAGCCGCAGGGGCGCAGGUGCUGGAGCCGGUCAUGUCAUUAGAAGUCACAGUGGGAGAGGAUUACCUGGGCUCAGUGCUCGGAGACCUGGCCCAGAGGAGAGGAACAGUCCGUGACAUUCAAAGCCGCCAUAGCGACAAAGUGCUGCUAGCUACGGUUCCUCUGGCCGAAAUGAUGGGUUACUCCACUGCUCUGCGCUCGCUGACAUCUGGGACCGCUACUUUUUCCCUUGAACUAGACACAUAUGAAGCCAUGAACCCACAGGAUCAAAACAUGUUACUGAAGAGAGUAGCCGGUCUGCUCUGA